AUGGAUCAACCCAUGCUUACAGCAAUCAAUCUUGCACAGUGGAAAAUCUUGGCCCUAUUCCUCUGCAUGUGCUUCGUGUCAGUUCUGAUUGUUCUUUGUACUAAACAGAAAGAGCCUUUGAAGAGCUCAACCCCUCCAAUUUUCAAGAACGAUGUCGAGCCUACAACCUAUCCACCAGUCGAGCCACUGCCAGACUUUGAAUGGCAGAAAACAGAGCCAUUAAAGCUUCGGCCCUUCAAGCCAAAGUACCAUCUCACAAUGAGUAUCGAGGACUCCACGCUCAGCGAGUUGAUCGAAAUCGACAAGAACUAUGUGGACCGCAUUGCACUGAGAAAAGAAGUCAUGAAGAAACAUCCCGAGACUGUUCUAGGUGCGGAAGAUUGUGUCAAAAUGGCAGUGGAUGAGUUCUACACCUGGCUCGUAGGAACUUAUCUCCCUACCAGGUUUUCCCGAAUGUUCAAAGUGAUCGGACCGGCUGGUGACCAGCCGUCAUUGCUGCACAAUCUCGCGACAGGAGAGAAGUUUUGCCUGCGUCCAGCGGACAAGCCAUUGGAGACACUUCGCACGAUGGGUGGUCUGGUUGAAGAUGACUUGCUUUUUCUUUUACCCUCUGCUGAUGGUGACGGAUACACCUUGAAGGGCUUCGUGACGUGUUUCCCGAAUGGGUUUGAUACCAAGAAGAAACUGAAUCUAAAGCUGAGGGAUAUACAUAAGCCUGUUCCUAGUUAUAAGCAGAAAUUGGAGAAAAGCAUGGACCGGUAUUUUGACAGACUCAAGACGGGAAAAUUCAUCAGACGAGCCAAUUGGACCAUUACGAGUACAGAUCAGCUCUUCACAGAUCAUGGUAACCACUUAUAUGAAGGGGAAAGCAUUCCCAAGGAAGACCUUGACAUUGACAAGGCCCGCGUCCGCUGUGAGAGGCAGUUUGUCCACCGCUUGCCUCAGACUCGAGGCAUCCUCUUCUCGUUCAAAACCUAUCUUUACACUGCCGGAAAUUAA